CUUAAAACACAACAGUGUAAACGGAUUGUAACGCUUGACAGAUAGCCAUGUUUACCGCUGUGAUACGCCAGUGAAUAUGUAUGUGUCACCAGGAAGUGCAACUGGAGGUUAACAAAAUGGCGUCUGGGGUAGGUCUCGGUGAAUCGUACAGUAACGUUUCCGACGAAUACCAUGAUUUCUCGUGUUAUUCCUGCGCUAGAGAACACAGGAAUGUUGCAGCUGUUAAAUUCUGUGUGGACUGUAACCACUUGUUGUGUGCACCUGUCUUGGACAUCACAAUAAGUUUGAUAUUAUGAAAGGCCACCAGCUUUUGGAUAAAACAGCUAGUAGCGGACUAAGAGGAAAAGAUAAACCGGAUAUCCCGACAUUGAGAUGUGCAAAACAUGACGGAAAGAUUAUAGAUAUGUUCUGUAAAACUCACGACGAGCCAUGCUGUGUGAUUUGUGCGUCAAUUAACCACAGCGCUUGUACCGAAAAGUAUUAUUUACCCGAUGUAGCGAAAGCUAAUUUUCCAGCUGAAGAAUUCCAGGCAAUGAAAACAUCUGCAGACGAGGUCAAAAUUAGGCUUGAAAAGGCAAGAAAGAAACGUGUCGACAAUUUAGAAAGUAUAUCAGACCAGACGACAACAAUUCUAGCCACAAUUCGCGAAAAACGCGAAGCUAUUAAUAAACGAAUUGAUGCUGUGGAAAAUGAUAUAAAAGCAAGGCUGGACAUGAAGUCAACUGAGUAUUCAAACGAACUGACAGAGGAUAUCGACAAGUUGAAUGAAUAUAUAAGUACGAUAGAAAAAAGUCAAGACAGUUGUAUGUCUACUUCAAAGAACAAAUCAGAUAAUUUCAUUUACAUGAAACAACUUAAACAACAAGUAAAAAACGAAUCCAAGAUCAUUGGAAGCCUAGGUAAAGUGAGCAAAACUUUAGACCUGAUUGAAACAUGCAACAUUUCACAUAUGUUAGAAGCAAUUGCCAAAUUCAAGUUUGGGUAUAUCUCUGGAAAUGGAGAAAUUGAAUCAGUUGUUGAUGAUACCGAGUACAGCAUACACAGCGCAGACGAUACAACCUUAAGUUGUAUAUCAGAUAGUUGUUUAAUGGAAAACGGAAGCAUAAUUUUAGCUGAUCAAAAUAACAGAAAUCUAAAACGGCUAAAUCGUUUGUUCCAGUUAAAAGAAUCUUUAACUUUACCUGGAAAACCAUGCGCUGUUUGCCCAACGGGACAUUUUGAAGUAGGCGUUUCUUUACACGUCAAAAAAACAAUACAGUUUGUGUCGAUUACCAAUCCGAUGACUACUACAACUUCGUUCAAAGUUGGCGAAUCUUGUCGCGGAUUAGCUUACUACAAUGAUAUGCUAUAUCUUUCGUGUGGGGGUAUGGUCAAAUAUCACGAUGGUCCCGGCCAAAUUAGAAUUUGUGACAGAUCUGGAAAGAUCAUUCGCAGGAUCGAAAGAGAAGUGUUGAUCCCUAAGCGGAUGUCAAUCAAUUUUGAUAAAAGUCCGGUCGAUAUCUUUGUCGCAGAUGAGAAGAAUGGAGUGCUUAUGUUGGAUACCAGUGAACCUUGUGUCGAUGCGAGGAAUAUAUUCAAACACAAAGGGAUGGUAUCACCAAUCGGGCUGUGUUAUAUUGGGGGAGGGCAGGUUAUUGUAUGUGGAUAUGACUCCAACAAUGUUAUACUCAUAUCUGAUUCUGGAACUUUGAUAAAGGAACUGCUGACUAAAGGUCGUGGAAUCGCGAUGCCUAAAACUGUGUGCCUUGACCAGACAGGGUCAAAGUUGCUAGUCGGUAUGUCGGAUACAGAUCAAAUAAAAAUAGUGCAUUUAAUUAGAAAAUGAUUGUUCAGUUUGUAACAAUUUGUGGUAAAGUGUGGUCAAUUUUGCUUAUUUAUAAGCAAGCAUUCGUAUAACUUAGUAAGUGUUAUAAGUGAUGAAACUAUGAUGACGUAUCACUUAGGUCAUGUUAAUUGGCUAUUAAAUAUAUCAAUGUAUGUAUUUCAUGAUCAUGUUAAUUUGUGUAGCUUCGCUGUUGAAAAGAAGUAACACAAAUAACAUAUCCUGUCUGCUUGUAAUUACUGUACCACUUUAAAGCUUGUAAACAUUUCCCCAAUAUCCCUCUGGCUGUUGUAGUUUUACCAAAAAAGAAUAGACCAAUAAAUGUUUACAUGUG